AUGGCUCCAGCGGAGAAAUCGAAAAAGACAGUUAAAAAGGCAUCGAAAAUGAAGAAUCCCAUUGAGCAGCUUGACUGUUCGCCGGACGUAAGAACCACCGCCGAUGGGUUUUUUUUUUCAGAUGCCAUGGUUUUUAAUAAGGUUUUUCUUGCAGAGAGGUAAUUUCGUUCGAGAUGAGUUGGGCGACGAAUCUUCCACAGGAAACGGCCGACUGGGCUUUCGACCUUUUUAAGGAAAAUAUGUUCGAAAUGUUUGUGACAGUGUUUUCUUGUUCUCAUUCUAUUUGUUACUUUCAAGGUACUCGAUGUCGCAGUGGGGCUGGGAUCCAGAGUCCAAGAAAAACGAGUUGGGAGCCACUACCGCUAGGUGGAUCUUCUUUUUUGUUAUCGAUGUAGCUCAAUCACAGAAAUCUUUGAAAACGAAGAAAAAUUACAAAGUUUUUUCAAAAUAGUUUUUAGAGUUAUGAAAAAAUUUAAACCAUUCUUAUUGUUACCUAUUUACUUCUCCUCGACACUCAUUGGUUUUUUUACCUGAAUGACAGUCUUAAAGGUUUAAAGGCGAAGAUUUUACGUCUUUUUCGUUGCGACUUACUCGCCUUCAAAGCCCUAACAAGUUAUUGGAAGCAGAAUGUUCUUAUUUUUUUCAAUUUGAUUAAAAUUAUGAUAGAAUGUGGGAAAUCGCAGGUUUCUGAUCGCAAAAAACGAGAAAGGCGAACGAAUCGGAUACGCUCACUAUCGCUUCGACAUCGACCAUGACUGCGCGGUUUUGUACUGGUAUUUUUGUACUUUUUUUCAUUUUUUUUUCACUUGACUUCUUUCAGCUACGAGAUCCAAGUGCUUGAGUCCUACCAAAAGAAGGGAGUCGGUAGCAUCAUUCUGAAGACUUUGGAAACACUCGCUGAAAAGUAUGUUCAUUUUUUAGUAUUACCGAAGGUUUGAGCCGCGAAAAAUGAGCCCGUCGGAAGCUUCCAACCACGUAUAAGUUUCAGUUCACCAAUUUUUUCUAUUUUUUAUUUCUAUAAGUUCACUUAGAAACCGAAAUUCGAUCGGCUCUACCUAAUUUUUUGUAGUAUGAAGAGAAUUCCGUGUUUGCAGAACAGGCAUGGAGAAAGUGAUGGCGACAGUUUUCGCUUUCAACGUCAAGUCGCUGUGCUUCUUCCACAAGCUGGGCUACGUCAACGACGUCUCUUGUCCCGACGAAAACCAAGGACUCGACUACCUCAUCUUGUCCAAGAACGUCCUAUAA